AUCUAAGUUUCUACCUUAGACUAAAUCUAUAAAAAUAAGAAAAUCUGAAACAAAAACUAAACACAAAAAUUCUCAUUUCGAAAACGGUUCUGUAAAUUACUUGUUUACGACCGAGACAAAACAUAAACAUCGUAUUUAUUAGAUGAAAAAACUGCGCAGAUUGAACCCCGCUUUUCGUCUUUGAUUUUUAUGGAUGAUCAAUCUAUAUAACUAUAAAACAUUGGGUUGUGAUGCGAACGCACCUACUCCAAUAGAAUAUGGAGCUAGAUUAAACGAAUGAAGCCUAGUAGCGGUCCUCUUUGACGUUUGAAGGUUCUGUUUUUUUAUUGACAUUGACAUUUUGAGAAAGUGCUAGUCAUUUUAUAUGAAAGGAAUUAAUUCAUUUCUAUAUUCAAUAGUUUUUGUGUAAAAAAUCAAACGAGCAUAAAAAUGGUGCUUGAAAGUACUAUGAUAUGUGUGGACAACAGUGAUUACAUGAGAAAUGGAGAUUUCCUACCCAGCAGAUUACAAGCCCAGCAAGAUGCCGUAAAUUUAGUGUGUCACUCUAAAACAAGAUCUAAUCCAGAAAAUAAUGUUGGUUUGCUGACUUUAGCAAAAGUGGAAGUAUUGGCAACUUUAACAAGUGAUGUGGGCCGUAUUUUAUCUAAGCUGCACCAGGUUCAACCACACGGUGAAAUAAAUUUACACACUGGAAUAAGAAUAGCUCACUUGGCUCUCAAACAUCGUCAAGGAAAAAAUCACAAAAUGCGUAUUGUAGCUUUUGUAGGCAGUCCUGUAGCUAGUGAAGAAAAAGAGUUAGUUAAACUAGCUAAAAAACUUAAGAAAGAGAAAGUUAAUGUUGAUGUUGUCAGCUUUGGAGAAGAUGGUUCUAAUGCAGAUGCUCUUACAACUUUUGUCAAUACUCUAAAUGGUAAAGAUGGUACUAGUAGUCAUUUAGUAACUGUCCCUCCAGGUCCUCAUUUAUCUGAUGCCUUGAUUUCUUCACCAAUUAUUCAAGGAGAAGAUGGUAGUGGUGCAAAUAUAGGAGGUUCUGGAUUUGAAUUUGGAGUAGAUCCUAAUGAAGAUCCUGAAUUAGCUCUUGCCCUUCGUGUGUCCAUGGAAGAGCAAAGGCAAAGACAGGAGGAUGAUGCACGUAAAGCUAAAGAUGUAUCUAGUACUGAGGCUGGUAUAAAAUCUGAGGUAAUUAAGGAAGAACCUAAUGAAGAGGUUCUAUUAGAGAGAGCUUUAGCAAUGUCUAUGGAGCAAGGUGAUGACCAGAAUGUAACCAUCACUAGACCUUCUGUUGAUUUUGCUAACAUGACUGAAGAAGAACAAAUUGCUUUUGCUAUGCAAAUGUCUAUGCAAGAUGCACAAGAAAGUUCAGCCAGUGCAUCUGCUUCAAAAGAUGAACCUAUGGAAGUCGAAGGGGAUGAAGACUAUUCUGAAGUUAUGAAUGAUCCUGCCUUUCUACAAAGUGUUUUAGAAAAUUUACCUGGUGUUGAUCCUCAGUCGGAAGCAAUUCGCCAAGCUGUCGGAAGUCUUAAGGACAAAAAAAAAGAUGACAAAUCGGAUGAUAAACAGAAAAAAUAGAUUAGUUCAUAUUAGUUUUCUCUAUUUGAUUAUAUUUACAAUUUAAAUUUCUUUCAAUAAUAAUAAAUGUUUGUAUGCUUCAAAAGUAAUUUUUAUUAAAAUUUCUUAAGAUUUAUUGUUUUUGAUAUCUAGGCAAUAUAUUGGAUACAAAUUUUAAUGUUUUUUUUUUAAGUUUUAAGGUGAAAACUGAUAUUUUUAUAAGGAGCUUGGUUUUAAAAAAUGGCAGUUGGCAUUAAAGUCUACGAAAUUAAGUUACCAACUGAUUUUUUUUUAAGUUUAUGAGGCUCAAGUCAAUAAUUUUAGGCGUCUUGUUAUAUUGUAGGCUUUGUAAUUGCUUCUCAGCACCACUUUAGCAGUAGCCAUAAAAAUUUAAAAAUGAUAUCAAGUGAGUAACUCAUGUUGCAAAAAAUAUGCAGGGAUAUAUUACUAAUCUAUUCAAGUAUUGUAUAUUUCCAUAGUGGCUGAAAGCUUGCAUCCAAAAGUGAGUUACCUUUGAGUCAAUAUUAAUUUUAAAACAAAUGUGUCAUUAUCAUUAAUUGAAUCCUAUUUAAAAAAUUGAUAUCAGACUGUAGCCUACAAUAAUUGCAAGUCUGACUUUAAUCUAAUUAAACAUAGUGUUCCACAAGGCUCUGUUCUUGGCCCUCUGUUAUUUAUCAUUUAUAUUAAUGACUUGCCUAGUUUUAUACGACCUUAUAAUUAUGUAUUGUUUGCAGAUGAUACGUCUUACAUCUACUCUGAUAAAAAUGUCUCAAAUCCUAUGAAGAUUUCUAACGACAGAUUCUAAAUCGAAAUUGUGGUUUAUGGCCAACAAACUUCAAUUAAAUGAGGACAAUACAGAAAGUCUUUACUUUUCUAAUAAUAUUCCUAGAGUGAGUUCAGAUAGUGUUAAUCUACUUUGGUAUAUAUAGAUAGUAACAUAUCUUGGUGUGAUCACGUGGAUCAUCUAAGAAAUAAAUUGGCUAGCCCCCUUUUUAUCCGUCAGUUAAAGAAUAUUACAAGUUUUCAAACUCUAAAAACAACAUAUUUUGGUCUGUUUCACUCCCACAUCGGCUAUGGAAUUAUUCUCUGGGGCAACUCUGUUGGUGCAGCUGAGAUCUUUAAGUUGCAUAAAAGAGCAAUAAGGCUAUUAGCUAGUGUGGGUUUUCGUGAACAUUGUCAACCGUUGUUUAAAAAAACUUCAUAUAAUGCAUCUGCCAACAUUAUAUCUAUUUGCUGUUUUGACUGAAAUUCACAGACAGAGUAAUAGUUUAACAAGACAAUCCGAUUUGCACAAUAUUAUGAUACUAGACAGGCAGACAAUAUUUGAACUAAUCAUUUUUGUUUAACCAAGUCAAAGAAUAAUUCGCUGGGCUAUAGCAUAUACAAUCUAUUACCCCAAGAUCUCAAAACGCCUGGUACUAAUCAGUUUAAAAAGCAAUUAAAAGCAUUUUUGUUGAGUUAUUGCUUCUACUCUGUCAAUGAAUACGUGAAGCACUUAUGGCUUCCAUGAAGUAUAUUUAAUUUGAAUUUUUUUCCUCUCGUAACAAUUACACACUGAAAAUUUAUUAAUAUAUAUACACACACCUAUUUUUUAUGUUUGUGUGUUUUUUAGUUUUACUAUUUAUAUGAAUGUUUUUUUGUGUAGGUACUAUAUAUGUUUUUAAAUUUCGAUUUUACUCAGACUUGCUACAAACGUAAAUUAAUGUAAUGUAGUUAAAUAAACGAAUCUAAAAUCUACAGAUUGGAAGGUUUUUGAUUCUGCAAAACUGUAUCCAGUUCAAUUUAUUACUAAAGUUACCAGUCAUUUAAUG